AGCUCGCGUCGGUGUCCGCGGUGCUGUCGCCGCCGCGCGCGGUUCUGUACCCGCCGGAGGUGGGCGAAAGAGUGAGAGAGCGCGGGGAGGAGCCGAGCCGGGCGCGUCCCGGGAGCGCCGCCACCGCCCCCAGGCGUCCGCUGGAGCGCGGAGCCCCCUGCAGGGGAGGAGGCGAGCAGCGGGCUGGACGCGGCGGCGGGCUAGCACCAUGCAGUGCCGGCGGGGCCAGCGCCGGCUGCUCGCGGUGCACUGAGGCAGCGGGAUCCCCUCGGGGCCGCACACCGCCUUCUUCUCGCCCAGGUGCUGCCAGGCGCGCUCGCCCUUAGUCCGGCUCCCGGCCCCGGGUGGAACGCACGGCCUGCUCCUGCUCUGCCCCGCUCGGAUCAUGCGGGGGGCCCCGGAGGAGGAGAGGGCGAGUGACCAGCCUGCGGCGACCACGUUCAGGGUGCGACCCCCUGUCUGAGACGCCCCCACCUGCUGCCAUGUGCCGCGUCUCGGAUUACCCAGCCUAUCGCCAAACUUUCCGGGUGCCAGCCCGUCUCUGAGUCGCAUUUCUGAGCGAGCGUCCCGGGGUCGGAGAACCCAGGCUGGGGGCCGACUAUCUGCUUCUUUCGGGAUCCGCGAAGCUUCUUUUUUAAAGAGUACUCUCCCUGGAAUCGGAGCCCUAACCGUCCCCCCCCACCCUAUCUGGAGAAGAGCUGAGCGCUGCCUGCCGAGGCAGCGCCUUCCCGAAACAUUUUUUCUUUGGACGGAUUUAAGAGAAAAAGAAACCAACAGGUUGCCAGCCCCGGCGCCACACACAAGUCGGCGGAAAGGCCGGCCGGGUUUCCCCUGGCUGCGUGGGCCCCGCGCGGGCUGCGGCAGGCGAGGCGAGGGUAGGGAGGGGGCUAUGGCUCGGCCUGACCCGGCCGCACCGCCCUCGUUGCUGCUGCUGCUCCUGGCGCAGCUGGCGGGCCGGGCGGCGGCUGCCUCCAAGGCCCCCGUGUGCCAGGAAAUCACAGUGCCCAUGUGCCGCGGCAUCGGCUACAACCUGACGCACAUGCCCAACCAGUUCAACCACGACACGCAGGACGAGGCUGGCCUGGAGGUGCACCAGUUCUGGCCGCUGGUGGAGAUCCACUGCUCGCCGGACCUGCGCUUCUUCCUGUGCUCCAUGUACACGCCCAUCUGCCUGCCGGACUACCACAAGCCGCUGCCGCCCUGCCGCUCGGUGUGCGAGCGCGCCAAGGCCGGCUGCUCGCCGCUCAUGCGGCAGUACGGCUUCGCCUGGCCGGAGCGCAUGAGCUGCGACCGCCUCCCGGUGCUGGGCCGCGACGCCGAGGUCCUUUGCAUGGAUUACAACCGCAGCGAGGCCACCACGGCGCCCCCCAGGCCCUUCCCGGCCAAACCCACCCUCCCAGGCCCAGCAGGGGCUCCAGCCUCGGGGGGCGAGUGCGCCGCCGGGGGCCCGUCGGUGUGCAAGUGCCGCGAGCCCUUCGUGCCCAUUCUGAAGGAGUCGCACCCACUCUACAACAAGGUGCGCACGGGCCAGGUGCCCAACUGCGCGGUGCCCUGCUACCAGCCCUCCUUCAGCCCCGACGAGCGCACGUUCGCCACCUUCUGGAUUGGCCUGUGGUCUGUGCUGUGCUUCAUCUCCACCUCCACCACGGUGGCCACCUUCCUAAUAGACAUGGAACGCUUCCGCUACCCUGAGCGCCCCAUCAUCUUCCUGUCUGCCUGCUACUUGUGCGUGUCGCUGGGCUUCCUGGUGCGCCUGGUGGUGGGCCAUGCCAGCGUCGCCUGCAGCCGCGAGCAUAGCCACAUUCACUACGAGACAACAGGCCCUGCGCUGUGCACUGUCGUCUUCCUGCUGGUCUACUUCUUUGGGAUGGCCAGCUCCAUCUGGUGGGUCAUCCUGUCGCUCACCUGGUUCUUGGCAGCUGGCAUGAAGUGGGGCAACGAGGCCAUCGCCGGCUACGCACAGUACUUCCACCUGGCCGCGUGGCUCAUCCCCAGCGUCAAGUCCAUCACGGCGCUGGCGCUGAGCUCGGUGGACGGGGACCCGGUGGCCGGCAUCUGCUACGUGGGCAACCAGAACCUGAACUCGCUCCGCGGCUUCGUGCUGGGCCCGCUGGUGCUCUAUCUGCUGGUGGGCACCCUCUUCCUCCUGGCGGGCUUCGUGUCGCUCUUCCGCAUCCGCAGCGUCAUCAAGCAGGGCGGCACCAAGACGGACAAGCUGGAGAAGCUGAUGAUCCGCAUCGGCAUCUUCACGCUGCUCUACACGGUGCCGGCGAGCAUCGUGGUGGCCUGCUACCUGUACGAGCAGCACUAUCGCGAGAGCUGGGAGGCGGCGCUCACCUGCGCGUGCCCGGGCCCCGACGCCGGCCAGCCGCGCGCCAAGCCGGAGUACUGGGUGCUCAUGCUCAAGUACUUCAUGUGCCUCGUGGUGGGCAUCACGUCGGGCGUCUGGAUUUGGUCCGGCAAGACUGUGGAGUCGUGGCGGCGCUUCACGAGCCGCUGCUGCUGCCGCCCGCGGCGGGGCCACAAGAGCGGCGGCGCCACCGCUGCCGGGGACUAUGACGCGAGCGCCGCGCUCACCGGCAGGACCGGGCCGCCGGGCCCCCCCACAGCCGCCGCCGCGGCCGCCGCCUACCACAAGCAGGUGUCCCUGUCGCACGUGUAGGAGGCCGAGGCCCAGAGGGGCCGGGAGUUGAGGGGGGGAGGGGGUGUUUUGUUUGGUAGCUUUGCCAAGUUCACUUCCGUUUACCUUCAUGGUGCUGAUGCCCCCUCCUGGGGCAACUUGGAGAGGGGAAAAGGGCCCUUUCAAGGAGCACCUGUCCCAGGACUUCUCAAAGGGGCUCAGCUCGCGCGUAUACCAUUUUGCGUUU